UCCCGCGUAAACGUCAGUCAGUGACUUUUAGCAGUUGCACGGAGAGCACGUGUCGCUGUGUUAAAAAAUAUUAUGAGCGCGUGGUGAAUUAUUAUUUUGAAAAACCAUUAUUAUAUUAGACUAAAUCAUUUUUAACUGUGAUACUAUUAUAGGUGUUGUGUGUGUGAACAAUGGAUUAAUUUGGUGUAAUCACACAAUGUUAUAGUGAUUUUAAUGUGUGUUUGUUGGUAAUAGAUUGUAAUUGAGCUAUGACCAUGGCUAAUUUUAGCGUGUGUUUAGUACUGGUACUAUAUCAACUCUCGGUUGCUUUUAGUAACGAGGCAUCUUCGGAAUUGUCGGAUCUUGGAUUGACAGAUCCGAAAGUGGAUAAAGACGCUGAAGGUGUUAGAUGCUACUGCAAUACAGCCCAGUGUGUCAGUACAGGCUACAUGUGCCGGUCCAGGAAAGGUGGGGGCUGCUAUAGUGAACUUCCACCUCGAAGACAUCACUCAAGGCAUGGUUGUCUUCAUCAUUUAGCUGAAAGAGAAGAAGAUGCGCUAUCACACUGCCAGAAUGCUCCCUCAUCAGGAGGUCCACCUCCACGGGAGUACUCCUUGCUUCUCUGCUGUUUUAAGGAUCUCUGCAAUCACGAAGACAGCCCGCUGGCCAGAGCGCGGCUUAAUUUAACCGCCACUGAUUCAGAAGGUAACGCGGUCGCGAGCGAAAGAGGCGCCAGUUACAACGGUGAGGUGUGGUUCAAAGCAGCGACCAUAGCGGUGCCUGUUUGUGGGGCUCUCAUACUAUUCCUUCUGGUGGCUGUAGCUGUCAGGUUACUGAGGGCUGACGCGCUUCUACACGCUGAUAGAAAACUUAGGGGUGGGUACAUAACACCACCGCAGCACAGCACAGAAGACGUCAAGAAAGUGUGGGUGGGGAACUCCGCGCCGCUCCUAGUCGCUCCCGGGGGAUGCUUGGUCGCCGUAGAGCGGGCACAACUAGUCGACGUGCCACAACUCUGUGAUAUUCAACGAUAGACUGUAAUGAAAUCUCUCUGCCGGUGGAAAUGACGCUGAGAAGUUUGACAAAGCUAAUUAAUCUCUAGAUUCCGACCCUCAGUUUAUAGAUAGUGGAACCCUUGACAAAAAUAAUUGUCGUUGUAUUAAUUGUCAAGACUUAUGCUUGGUCACGUGACCGUUUUCAUAAAAGUUUAUCGAUAAUGGGGGAUUCUUGACCAAAAAAUUGUCGUUGCAUAAAAUUGUCAAGGCUCGUGCAUGGUCACGUGACAAUUUUCAUAAAAGUUUAUCGAUAAUGGGGGGGCUCCGGACUAAAAUAAUUGUCGUUGCAUAAAAUUAUCAAGGCUCAUGCUUGGUCACGUGACGGUUUUCAUAAAAGUGUAUGGAUAAUGGGGGACUCUUGACAAAAAUAAUUGUCGGUGCAUAAAAUUGUCAUGGCUCGUGCAUAGUCACGUGACCAUUUCCAUGAAAGUUUAUCGAUAAUGGGGGACUCUUGUCAAAUAUAAUUAUUGUCGUUGCAUAAAAUUGUUCUCAUGCUUGGUCACGUGAUCAACUCUAUACCGAUUGGCCCGUGACUAUAAGUAUUAAUCAAUGCUUUUCCCUGCUAAAAAAAAUAGAAAAAUCUUGUAUACAAAUAUUGUCCAUAUAUGUUCCAAAUAUGCCCGCAGACCGCUACUGUCUGAUUGCUUUUCUAUUACGUCAAAAAUCGACAAUUACGUGACGAAGCGCGAGCCAAUACAAAUUCGUUAAUGGGUCGUCUUCAACUAAACGUUCAAAAAUUACCCCGUCUGUAUUAAUUUUGGAUCUAAUUAAAUUGAUCUCAUUGUGACGUCAUUUUACACCGGCUCGUAUACCAAAUCUACCAAUGUAUAUUUUGUUAUUUUAAGCUAUUUGUUCCUUGUAAAUGUAAAGUAGUUUUAAGAAAUUUUGAUGGAUUUACAUUAUCGAAUUUUACUGUCCAUUGCGAGGUUACUAUGACAUUGACAUUUGACCAUUUGUGAAGUCCAAACAAGUAAUAAAAAAGGGUGCGUGUACUUAUGUACGCGCGUAAGAAGUUAUACUUCUUUGGCAUUAUUAAAAAUAGUUUAUGAU